UUUCGAUUGUUUCGAGUUAGGCCAUUCAAGGUAAAAGUUGAUUACACUCCUCAGAAAGUCGAUCGAAAAGCUCUGAAAGACGGAGCGUUCGUCGAACUUGUCAAUUUGAGCCCCAUCGAUGCACUGAUAUUGACUCUAAAAAAGGUCGAAAUAGAAGGAAAGACAGGCUUUGGCGAAGUCCUUCCCAUCCUGAUCCAAAGCUGGAUUCAAGAAAUAUGUAGUACACAGCUCCUCAAGUUUGUCACGAACAUGAGACCCUUGGAACCCAUUACGCAGGUUGGAGAGACAGCUGUGGAUAUGAUUGUUUUACCUUGGGAAGCCUUUCGGAACGGUGAUAGUGUGCAAAAGGCAAUCCGAUCGGGAACAACAAGCUUUGCUUCGACGCUAGUGUAUGAAGCUUUUACAGCAACAUCGCGAGUUGCUGGGUACGUAGCGGAUCAAGUAGGUCGCCUUGGACGAGAGGAGUUUGACCGGUCCAACCAGCCAUCUCGUCCUCUUGAAGCACCCCGUCGUGCCACCGAUGCGGCGCCACACGCUCUGCAGAGUGUCACUCGUGGGUUACAAGAAGCAAACUACAAGAUUGUUAUCAUUCCGUACCGUGAGUACCAGAGAACCGGAGCCCGUGGUGCGAUUAGGAGCGUAGUAAAGGGCAUUCCGGUGGCGAUUGGUGCCCCCACAAGUGCAGCAGCCGAAGCCAUAUCCUACGCCUUGCUCGGAGCUCGCAAUCAGAUUCGGCCUGAUAUCCGAAAAGAGGAAGAAUCGAGCCAACGUGGUAUGCAUCUAGAUCGUUAA